AAGUACUGUACCUUAGAGUUCGUAUACGAUUCCUCUGAUCCGAGUUAAAUCCUGGUACAAGAAAAAAAAAUAUUCUUUAGUUGUACUUCUAAUCUCCGAUGGCGAGAGACGAAACAGACGAUGUGUUACCGGAUAAGGACGUAGCCAAAGAGUUCUACGCGAAGUAUGAACCCAAAGAGAUCCUUGGAAGAGGCGUUAGUUCAACAGUUAGAAGAUGCGUUGAAAAAGAAACAGGAAGAGAGUAUGCCUGUAAAAUUAUGGACAUAAAUGGUGAUCCAUCAGAAACUGAAGGACCUGCCAUGAGAGAAUCUACCUUACGGGAAAUUGCCAUUUUACGAAGAGUAGCAGGACAUCCUUACAUAAUUGAACUUCAUGAUGUGUUUGAAUCGGAAACCUUCAUAUUUCUUGUUUUUGAGCUGUGCCGAAAUGGAGAGCUUUUUGACUACCUCACCAGUGUUGUUACUCUCUCUGAGAAGAAAACAAAGUAUAUUAUGAAACAAUUGUUUGAAGCCCUACAACAUGUUCACAGAAUGAACAUUGUACAUCGUGAUCUUAAGCCAGAAAACAUUCUUUUAGAUGACAAUUUGAAUGUAAAAUUAACAGAUUUUGGCUUUGCAAGGAUACUUCAACCUGGAGAAAAGUUGUUUGAGUUGGUUGGUACACCAGGAUACCUUGCCCCUGAGCUUCUGAAGUCAAAUAUGUUUGAGGGAUUUGAUGGCUACAGCAAGGAAGUUGAUAUGUGGGCGUGUGGAGUCAUCAUGUUUACCCUACUGAUUGGCUGCCCCCCAUUUUGGCAUCGGAAGCAAAUGAUAAUGCUUCGCAAUAUUAUGGAGGGCCGUUAUAGCUUUACUUCCCCCGAGUGGGAUGAUAUCACAGAUGCUCCUAAAGAUCUCAUCUCUAAGCUCCUCAUUCUUGACCCCAAGCGACGUCUCACAGUGGACGAAGCACUUAAACACGAAUUUUUCCAAGUUCUCCGACCCGAUGAUUUCAGCAUUCUUUCUUCGUCGACUGGGUUAGCAGCACCUGGAACGACCCACUACCAUGGUCGAGUAUUUAACGCACGUCGGAUGUUCCGCUUCGGUAUUUUAUGCGUUCAGUCAAUGGUCCGCAUCCGACGGUUGAAAUUGACUCCUGAACCUCUGUCCAUCAUGGUCGCUCGCCGUGAUCCUUAUCGCAUGAAAGCAGUUCGAAAGGUGAUCGAUGCCUGUGCGUUCCGAGUGUACGCGCAUUGGGUGAAGAAAGGCGAAGGCCAAAAUCGAGCCGCUCUCUUUGAACACCACCCUAAAAUUGAAUUAAAACACCUAUAUCUAUCAAAUCUUAAUCAAAAUCGACCUUAACCGAAAUUUGACCUUUCUACCUUCCUGCCAGGGACGUUUUUUUUUUUUUUAGGUUGUUUAAUUAAAUGUGUGAAAUAGAAUUUACUUACGGAGAUGUAGUAUUGACAAUGUUGUGCACUCGGAUUUUCAAAUUCCUAACUGUAACCAAAUUAUUCUCUUCAUUUACUAUUGAUUUUCUCACAGCUCUGUAUACAGAAUUAUUUAACAUUUUCUCUUCGUUUUUCAUGCGAAAUGACUUCACA